UACAUUUCCAAUAAUUCAACAAAACAUAAUAAAAAUGCCAUGUUUCAUCACUUUACAAUCCCUUUGCCAUUGAACUUAUUAAACAAUUUAAAUUGGUAAUAAACUUAGGUUAUGUCUGACAAAUGUCAAUAAGAAACUUCACCAGUGUGCGUGCACUGCACUGUGCAGUCCAGUGAGUGUGAUCUGUGAGCUACGAAUGCUAAAAAACAGUGACGCCAUUUUCUAACCUUUUAGGCGGGGAACUGUCUAGUUAUUAUAAGCCAUUGAAGACAGAGGAAUAUAAUAUUCUCGUUUAGUCACUGUGUUAUUUGUGUCGUAAAACCUACAGGGUACAUGCUCAUUGAUAAACUGUGAUCACCAUGUAAUUUUGUGGGAAUUUCUUUAAUGGAAUAAUAUCAAGUAAAAGCUAGUAUGGGUGAUGAAGGCACAUCAGAAAAAUGUAGACAGUUGUCAAAUCUACAACCAAGAAUCAUUAUACGUAAGUGUAAAAAACCCUCCAAAGAUUCUGUUUUGAACCUUAAAAGUGAUUCCAAAAAAGUCAAUGGUGAGCUAGAAAGUGAUGAUAAAAAUGAGAUUAACAAUGAAGUUAUAAUAAAUAAGUCUAACACUAAACAAGUUAAUGAAGAGUCAAACGCUAAACAAGUUAAUGAAGAGAGAAAAAGAAAAGCUAUAGUAUUGGAUUCUGAAGAAGAUUGUUCCAUUAUAGAAGCGGACUCGACUAGUGAUAAUAAUACGCAUGAUGGUGAUAAUGAGGAUAAAGAACUUCCUCUAUCUGUGGAAUUCAAAGGUUUCAAAAAAAGGAUCAUUGCCCGAACAGAGAAAUCAAAGGAUGACUCAAGUGAAUCUAGUUUAAAUUCUUCUCAAAAUGAAAUUUUAAUACAAGAACCAGUUAAAAUAGCAACCAAGGUGAAACAAGCAAAGGCUAGCCGAGGUAAAAAAAAUAAUAAUCACAAUGGAAAGAAAAAUAAUGAUGUAGACGGUGAAGAAAGCCAAGCUGAAUCUCAAGCAGAAUAUGCCCAAUAUUUAGGGUUACAACCCACAAUGCAGUUCAAAUGCUAUCGAUGUGGUGAAAAGGGUUUCCCCUCAAUGCUGGCACUAAAUAUGCAUCAGCGAGGCUGCGGAUUAUCUCAUAAGUCUAAUUUUCUGGCAAAUCUUCAACAGGACACUACACAUAUGACUUCCUCAGAUCCAAAUAUGCUAACAAAUUUUAGGAUUACAAGAAAAGUUUACCUUUGCUCUGCAUGUGGUACAUACUAUGAAAACUGGAAUUUAUUUUUACACAUGCGUGAAGUACAUAAAAAACACAUCUGUUUGUAUUGCCUUACAAUGUUUACAGUAGCUAAUAAACUUGCUGACCACUUACAGGUUGCCCAUAGCGCACAGGAAAACAGUUGUAAGACUGUUGAAGAAUUUCAAAACACCUACAUAGGCUCUUGUUACUUGAUAUGUUGUUCUUGUGAAAAUAUGUUUACUGAAAGAGAGGACUUUUUCAAUCACGACUGUCCCAUCAAAGAUCCAACUGCCAAAUGCCCCAUUUGUGGUGUCAAAUGUGGUCAUUACUACACGUGUCCGAAUAGUAAUCUUCCUCUAUCGUCACCAAUUCCAGUAAAUAUUAGUCCCACCUCCAGUGCUGGCAAACCACAAGUACCAAAUACAGCAAAAACUGUAACAAAAAAUAAGACUUCUGAUGAGUGUUGGGUGAAUAAAAAAAAUCUAGGAGGCUUGUCAUCAGACAAUGAUGACGACUAUGAUAUAAGUCAUGCCGCUAGUUUUUGUCACGUUGAUUUAGCUGAUGAAUCUGGAGAAAAAAGUAAAAUAGAUUUAGAAGACAAUGUUAUUGAUAUAACAGAUGAUGAACCGUCUAAUGAAAUUGAUCAAGGAUCUGAAACUAAAGAAGAAGCAAGUACAGACUUUAACCCCAACAAAACCGACUCAAUGGAUAACGAAGUAGGGAACCAUGAUCCAUCCCUAACCUGUGAAGAAAAAGAAGAGGAACGUUUAAAUCCUUUAGAACCUGAAAGUGGCGCUCACGAUGAAUCUAGUGCAGGAAAAGAAGGUAACUCAGAUAUACCACCUGAAAUUCAUGAUAAAAAUCAGCCAACUGGAGCAAAUGAAACUGGAAAUGCCAUUGAAGGAUUAACAGUUGAUAAAACAAAUAUUGCCUUGGAAGAUCAACCUGAGAAUCGUGGCUCAUUGUUGUUAGAUGAAGAAGGAAAGGAUAUUAACGAAAAUCCAGAUUUGGUAAAAAAUACUGAUGAUAAUGUAGAUACCAACUCAUCCACAGAAGAAGUACUUCAGCCAGUAGAAAAUGUUCAAAAUAAUCAGAGUGUUAAAUCUAAAGGAGACGAUCUUGAAUCAUCAUCGCAAGUAGAAAAAACUGACACAACCACAUCAGAUUCAGACAGGGACGAACCAUCAACUCAUCAGAGUGUGAGUCAAGAUGACACUGAAUCUUCAUCUGACUCAAGUUCUGAUGAAGAGGAGGACAGCAAGAAAAAUAAUGAACAAUUAGCAGCGAAGGAGAAGGAAGCAUCAGCCUCUGAAAGUGAGGAUAGUGCAAGGUCUGGCUUAGUGGUAGAUGAGAAAAGUAAACCUCCAAGCCAUGAGGAAACACCAGAUAUAGAUAAGAAAAAUGAUGACGAUGGAUGUGAAACUUUAAUGGAGACAAAAAGUGUCACUUCCAACGAAUUUACAAGAGAUUUCUUGUUGGAUGAUAGCUCUUCAUUAGAAAAACAUAUUGAAAAAAAUGCAGCAGAGAAUGAAACGGUAGGUUCUGAGAAAGAUGAGGAUGUGUUAGAAGAAGUAUGUGAUGGAAUACAAUUAGCCAAUGAAGAUGUACCAGCAAUGGCUCUUACUCUUGAGGAUAAGCUUGAAAUUGUAAGUCCUCAAGCUGUUGUUAAAGAGUGUGUUCGCACAUCAUGUCUUAACUGUGUUUACUGCAGCCACGCAGUAAAAAUUGCUGUUAACGGAAAACAGUUAGCUCUCCAUCUUCUGCGUGAGCAUAGGUAUAAACCUAUUAAAAAUAAUGAAACAAGUCAAGAUGUGAUAAAAAAGUUAAAAUCUUCUCUGCUCGAUUUGGAGGAUGUAUAUUUCAAUACAGAGUUUUAUGAUAGUUCAGAAAAACCAUUAAAUACUACUUAUGAACAUACCUAUGAAUGUUUUCAAUGUCGGUUUGUAUCAAAAGUUCAUAAAGAACUUUUCAAUCAUAAAAGGAAAAUGCACCCAAAAUCAAUUCUACAGUGUGUUAUGUGCAAAACAAAUUUUUUUAGUUAUAGCGAACUUCUAUGUCAUAUGUGUCCAGGGAUUUAUGUACCAGGAGUUAUCAAUUUCAGAUGCUGCUUUUGUAAUUUGGAUAUGAUUCCUUCAGCAUUUCGAUUAAUGGUUCAUCUGAGAAAAAGUCACCAUACUUGUGACAUUUGCUUGGAAAUGGCUGGUGAUCAGCAAAAGCUAUCUAGCCAUAUGUGGAAACACAAACUGAAUCAUAUGUGUUAUCGCUGUGAAAUUGCCUAUCGCAACAAACCUGAUAUAACAAAACAUCUUUUCUGGAAACACGGUACAGAAAGUGUAUUAUGUAAGAAAUGCUUACAGAAAAAAUGGCCACAUGUCUAUCACUUUUGUGUCCCACCAACAGUCUUCAUUUGUGAAGAAUGCAAUGCUAGCUUUACCAAGGCAGUUGCUUUAAAGGUCCACAAGAGAUUUCAUGGAGGAGAGUUGCCUUAUGGGUGUAGCAAAUGUGAGUUUAAAUUUGUAUCAAAAAAACUACUUGCUAAACAUGAAGAUACCCAUAAUCAACCACCUCCCAGUGAAAACCUUACAAAUAAUAGUGGUCCAGAAAGUAAAAUGGACAAAUCGCUAGAAGAACAUAUAAAUGUUGAAACCAUUGACGAACCGGUUAGAGGAAAUGCCUCAGAAGAAUGUAUGUCAAAAAUAAUUUCAAAUGACAAUGAAGAAAAUUCAGAAAGUCAAACAUUAAAAUCAAAGAAAAAAAAGAAAAAGGAUAGGGACAGGAAAGGGAAGCCUGUGGUUGAUGUUUACAAUCUUCCACCUUUAAACUUAUCAUCUGAAAGUGACUCUUCUGAUGAAGAGACAAAGACUGCUACAUCAGAGUCUGCCAAAGAGACACCACCUACUCAUGAGUUUGAAGUUCAUAGUACAAUAUCUGGAGAAAACCCUGAUAAGCAAAUAACCAGUCCUUGUGAAAAUGUUGAAGCAUCAGAGGAGAGUCAAACUCCAGUUCCUAUUGUAGAUGGUGUGUGGGAUAACUUUCACUCCUAUAAAGCUGAGCUUGAGAAACGUGAAUCAAAAGAUUUGUCGUUACCAAAUAUUUUACCAUCUACUUCUUCAUUCGAUUCUCAAGUAGAGGCCUCAAAAACUCCUGAACCUGAACCCAAAUCUGAUUGGUUCUUGUUAGACCAUAGCUACUGUCUAAUUCCUGGUAGAAAUAAACCAAGUGAAACUGAAGAUCAACCAACUAUUUCUGAGCCAGCACCAAUCGAUGAGAAAACUGAAAAACCUCUUGAUGAAACCCCAGCACCUAGAGGCCAUAGUUCUAGUAUUGACCAUGCAUAUGCAACCACUAACAAUACAAGCGCAGAUAGCCCUAGCAUAAACAAUGUAGUUCCAAAAGAACUCUCUCUUGGAGAACGCCCUUCAACACCACCACCACAAGUCAUGGCCAUAUCUGAACUAAAUUCUAGUCCAAAAAAGAAACUAAAAACUCCUAAGAAAAAGAAACAUACCGAAAAUAGUUCAUCUUCAAGUGAUUCAAGCAGCGAUUCUGACAGUAGUUCCUGUAGUUGUGGACCAGACUGUAGUUGUUCAAACACAAGUUCCUCAUCAAGUUCUUCAAGCUCUGACUCUGAAAGUUCAACUUCUGAAGGUAGGCAGAAGACAGCUGAUAGAAGGGAAAAGAAAAAGGAGAAGUUGAAACAUAAACACCAUAAAGAAGAAGAACAAGUCCCUGAGGUUACACACACUCUUCCUGUCGAAGAAGAACCUGUAGUUGAUGUGCCCGUAGAGCCUAUGGAGCUUCCAAUUCAAGAAUCUGAUUUGGACACCGACGAAUCAUCUACUGAUGAAGACUUUUAUGACAAAUGUCCUCAAACUCAUGGAAAACAACAACUUGAAAACAGAAAUAAACUCUUGUUUCUGGCUAGUGUUGCCCCAGUAAAUAAUGGCACCGUCUCCCCACCACCACCACAACAAUCACUACCACCACCACCAGCACCUCCUGUUGAAGAAAAUCCUUCACUUCCUCCAGCUUCUGCUAAAAGAAAAGUUAAAACUAAAAGAAGAAGAAAAUCACAACAGGUAAAAAAGCAAACUAGCAAAGUAAAUGCUCAACCUCAUCAACUGUUGCAUCCUAUCACAAUGGAUCUGCCGGUUGCAACUUCAACUCCGUCUCAUGUAACCAAUCAUCAAAACAUAACAUCUAAGUUUUCUUUACCUUCGAGAUCGUCCAUUGCGAGUUUCCAGUCAGAUACGACAGCAGGUAGUGGAUCUGAGAAUGAAAGUGCACGUCUUUCAAAGAGGAAACGUGUUCGCAACAAAUUCUAUGGAUAUUCUAGUGAAGAAGAAGAAGGAAAACCCAGUUUAAAAUGGAGGAAGAUAGAUACUGUUUCAGCCACACCUCAGAUAUCAAGUCCACAAUUGAGUUUACAACAAAGUUUCCCUAGUCAGCGAACUCACAACACCAUCCUGCAGGAGAGGAAAACUAAACCAAGCGAUUCCAGUGGAACUGAGGAAGAAAGGAUCGUAAAACGCGAUGUCUCCAGUAACAGUAGUAGUAGUUCUAGUAGUGAAAGUGAACAUGAAAUAGAAACUAAAGAAAUUGUACCAAAAGAACAACAAACAGAAAAGAGUGAUAAUUUAUACUGUUACUGCCAGUGUCCUUAUGAUGAAGUGUCUGAAAUGAUCGCAUGUGAUGGACAAGAUUGUACGAUAGAGUGGUUUCACUUUGAGUGUGUUGGGAUAAUGGUUCCACCUAAAGGUAAAUGGUACUGUCCAGACUGUCGGAAGAGAAGAGGCUUGAUGUAGAUAAUAUUGUAAUAUAAGUACAGUACUGAAAUCAAGGUAGGCUUGUUAAAAAAGAACCCACUACAAUUGUUUUUAUUUUAAAAUGUGUAGAAUAAAGCUUUUGUUUACUCAAAUAGUUUUUUAAUUAAUAUAUAAUGGUUAGUUUUAAAGUGUUAUAAUUUUUAUUUUUAUUUUAAAAUGUUUAAAACUAAAUUUAUUGUCAGUAAGCCUAAUACUUUUUUCUAGAUGUUUGUAAAAGUAGCCUACUAAUUAGUUUCUUAGAACGGUAAUUAAUUUAUUUUUCUACAUAGAUUUGUAUUGGCUAUUUAUUAAUUCCAAGUGAUAAAAAUAAAAUAAAUUUAUGUAGGCCUACAAAAUUUCAUGAAAUGAAUAUAAAAAAUUAAGUCAAGUUACUAAAAUUUAGUAUUGAUUAGUCAACAGACACAACCGUUAUGAAUAUUUCCUAUGUUUGAUUUUUCCCAUUCCCACUGUAUUACAGUAAACAUUUACAAAUAAUUAAAACAUAAGUGCAUAUAAACUUAGUUUAUUAAACGUGUUUUUGUACACUGUACAAAUUACCAGUAACCCUUUGUGGACACUUUUGCUGAAUCUAAAGUUAAUUCUGAACAAAAGAUGAGUAAUGAAAAUCCUUAAAGAAAAUUACACGCAGGACAGUAAAUAUCUUUAGUCUUUGUUUAUAGUGUUUUUAUUUUUAGCUUCAUGAGGUCUACCGUGCAAAUGUGUGUCAAGGCAGUUAGUAUACAAUAAGUAUGUUAAUUUUUUUAACUAUUCAGUAUCUUUAUAAAUCAUAAAUAAUAUGCUUCUUAAAGCGUUGCUCCAAUGUUCAAAAUGAGGAUCUUUAAUAAUUGUAUCCACAAACUAUUUAAUAUCAGGAUUGUGUAGGGAAUAACUGCAAGUUGUUAAUAAGCCUAGCAAUUUCUAACUUAUUCAAUUAAUACUUUAAAGUAAAUAUUAAACUUUCUAUUGAAGUAGAGAUGCUGAUUUCAUUGACAGUUAUGAAAGAAUAAGGCCUAUUGUGCUAGAAAAAAAACACAAUUGAUACUAUUGUGCAUAGGCAGUUGAUAUUUACUCUGUAAUAAAUAACAAAAUUUUCAUUGCUAGAGACGUAAGUAAUAACAUUGAGUAUACACGUAUAGUAAUAACCAACAGCUGAUGCUACUCUGCAACAGCGCUGUUCAGGUAACAAUAACUUCCAUUGAGUGGCUACUCUAGUAUACUCUUGGUAAUAAAUAGUACCAACAAUUAAGUGGAUUAUCGUGAUUCAUCUUACCAUAGAACUCGAGUUGAUAUCCAUAAUCAGAAAAUCAUGGCCAAGGAUUUACAUAAAUCAAGCAAAGGCAUUUUUAAGGUUGAUUAAGGUCUAUUUCAUAAUUGGAUUAUUUAUUGCAGAAACACCAUAACCAACUUUUGCAGUUGUGUGAUUUCUGCACCAAACUAUGUAUUUCAAUUUGUAAAUCAUUAAUACACUAAAAAGUCAAAUUUGAAAAAUGUUUUUUGUGGUAUUUUUGCAAUAAAAAAUUUAAUUGGUUUUGUUAUUUAAAUAAUACUAACCAAGAAACAAGCAUGCGGUUAAUGGACAUCAGUUCAGUUUAUUAUUUGUCAAGAGUGUGAUUACGUUUAUUGUUGAUAGUGUACUUAUUUUUGGUUUUAUGCCAAAUAUAAUUCUGUUAAACACAAAAUUUAACUUUUAGGCUAUUAAAUACACAUUAGAUAGUUUUAACAGCAGCAACUUUUUUGAUGAUUGGUUACUUUAUGGUAGAAACUAUUUAUUUAGUUCAGAUAAUAUUAAAUCAAUAUUUCUUCAAGAUCUGAUCAUGUUAAUUUUUCAUGUAGUUUUUUUGUGUUACAUAGCCUAAUAAAUGUGUACUUAGUAUGUUAGUGUGCCAGUUUACCAUUGAUUUCAGUACUCCUGUUGUGUACAGUGCUGUUGUUUGUAAAUUUCAUGUAUAAAUAUUCAAUAUUAUUUUGUGUAUCUAUUUCAAGCUUGUUUAUUGAUAAAUACUGUUUUAUAAUGGGGAAAAGUGUUAAGUUUUCUGUGAUGGCUUUUGGUUUGCCAUUGUACAUUUAGAAUUAGAAUUUUUACUAUCCAUCUAGAGUAGUGAUCCACAGUAAUAAUUAAAUGUAAAUCAACUACCAUAUUUUCCUGUGUGGACUUUAUUAUUUAUGCUAGUUUCUCAUUUUUUUUGUAUAUAAAAUGCACUGUAAAUUUCUCACUGUAUAUAGAAAAUCAAGUAAAGAGCUCUAGUUUAUUUUAGUCCUGUAUAUACAUUUUCAGUAAUUUUAACUAUGUUUGAGCAGUUUUCAGCAAAUUUAGAACAUGCUAUUUGUAAAGAAUAAAUACAUAAAGUAUUAAA